UGGACAUCACGGAAGCAAUUGACUUUGAACAUGAAACAUCGUCAUAAAAGGGACGGCAAUCACUAUUCGAGACUAGGUUAACAAGCCGCUACCAGAGCCAAAAAAUUGCUAUGUCUUGGAAGAACUGGUGGAGACCUUCAAUAUGUAGACAAGACCCACCCAGCGCCAGUAGUACGUCUUUAGACGGAGAAACGCGGACAUUGCGAUCUUUCGACUGCGAAUUGCCAGAUCCCGAUGCCGAUUCACAGCUAGAAGAAAAGGCGGAAAAUGCAGCAGUACGCGAUUUCGAUGUCAAAAGGGCCGAGCUACUAGGAAUAAGACGGCGACGCAUGUUGCACAGGACGGAACCACAGUCUACUUCCGAUACCUUUCCUCACGUUUGCCAAGGGGAAUCAUGGGACUGCGGUAUUGCAUGCAUUGAGAUGGUAUACUUGUGGUGCUGUCAAAGCUGUAGAGUUGACGCUUUUCCGCUGUCAGCAGUACGAGACUGGAUGGUUCGCUUUGCUUCGACACAAUCCAUUUGGACCGUGGACCUUGUCAUUCUUUUGCAAGGAUUAAAAGACAAACUGCAGCUUCCAAUUAACUUAUUGUUUUGUUCCGAUACGUUGCGAGUCAAUACAGCCUUGGCCGCUCUUGACUAUUAUCAAUCCACGUUCGACAAGGACCGGAAACGAGUCCAGCAUCGUUUGCAGGCCGUAUCCAAAAUGAAUAUUCCAGUUCAUCAAGGCGAGUUGCGAGUGGAUGAUCUCGUUGCAAUACUGUCGGAUGAUAAUGCUGUUGCCAUAGUUUUAGUCAACAAUGCAAUGCUAAUGGAUCAAGAUGUCCCUGGCCAGCUAGGUAGAGAAAGCUGUUAUACCGGGCAUUAUCUCGUUCUGUCGGGAGUUUCCAGCAAACCCCAACAUGUGACCGCGUGUCAUGAUGCCUGGAGGGAAAACAGCCCCAGCUGGUGCUUUAUAGCACACAACCCGGCGUCGGACGAAAAAGUCACUUUUCUAAAUCCAGUAACGCUGGAGCUGGCUUGGGACUCGAUAGGAACGGACCAUGAUAUAAUAUUCAUCGUGAAGUAAAUUAGAAUGCGACCAUAAUGGCUU